AUGGUGGACCUUUUUCCCUAUGCACUGAAUUACGACAUUCUGAGCACUCUGUGCAAUCAAGCAAGUAAUAUCACUCGUACCGAAUUGCAACAAGAACUACGACGCCGUGGUUGCAUUCCAGAAGGUACCAUCGACGAACUUAGUGAGGGACUACAAGAGGAUGAUGAACCAAGAGGCUCUUGUGCAACGACAGUGACCACAGAGGAUGUCGGCUAUUAUAUACCACAAUCGCUCAAUCUGCCACGACCAGCGGAAUUCGAGCAACUAGCACUGGUUGGAUCGCUAAUUAAUCAAAGAAUCAUAUACUGGACGCUGGGGACAUUCUCCCCGAGCUUGCAGCUUUUUUUCGAAUCUGGCCUCUCAUGCAUGAUUGAUGCGGGCCGUGCGACCGAUGCGAUGGUAGGCUUAGACGAGGAUCUUCGUCUCCAGCUCGAGAAUUAUACUCAUGAGGAAAACGGGCGUAUCAUCAAGACUCCUAUGCCGAAAAAGUUCGAGUAUGCAGCAAAGGGUUUGGUCAUCCGAGAAGCAGUCAUCGCACGUCGAACGAGCGCUGCAAUCAAGUUUCAUCAUCCCAGUGACCCGUUGCACGUACCUUCCUCAAUAUCGAAUAGCGCAUUGGCAUCUAUCGUGCAUGAACAGCAUACCGUUGUUGGCCUGCGGGUGGAUGGUAUGAGUAGAAUGGCCUACGUGUGGGCCAAGGUCGGCUCAUUGUCCAAGGGUCGAGACGCGACGUGGGCUGGUGUGGGGAUAUCAGGUAUCAGAAACGAUAUCCCAGUCCCUUUCCUUGGUCAUCCAGGAGAGUGCAUGAGGCCUGGUAGUGAGGCGACGUUGGUUGUCAAGGAGAGUUUGAUCAGCAUUGAUGUGCUGACGAACGCGCGGGAAAGAGCCAGCUCCUGA